GACUUGCAGACUACAGUCGGUCACGCAGGUCUCAGGCUGGCAGUCAGAUAUGGCCAUACAGAGAUCGCACGGUUGCUGCUGGAAGCUGGUGCCAACAAGAACUUGCAGGGCAACACCGGUGUCACAGCUCUCAUGGGUGCAGCUGAGAGCGGUCACAAGGAGAUUACGCAGUUGUUGCUGCAAGCUGGUGCUGCCGUUGACAUGCGUGACAAAGACGGCCGCACAGCUCUCAUGUUCGCAGCAGCAGAUGGCCAUGUACACAUUGCAAAGUUGCUGCUGGAAUCUGGCACCAACAAGGACUUUCAGGAUUCUUUGGGCUACACAGCGCUCAUUCAUGCAGAAAGGCGUGGCAAUUUCGAGACUGCGCGGUUGCUGGCGGAAGCUGGUGCCGACAAGGACUUGCAAGGCAGCACCAGCGUCACGGCUCUCAUGGGCGCAGCUAAGAGCGGUCAGGAGGACAUGGUGCAGUUGAUACUGCAAGCUGGUGCUGCCGUUGACAUGAGGGACAACGACAGCUACACAGCUCUCAUGCAUGCAGCCAGACAUGGUCACGUAGGGGUUGCACGGCUGCUGUUGCAAGCUGGUGCCGACAAAGACGCACAGGAUCAGUUUGGCGUCACGCCUUUUGGGCAUGCAGUCUCCAACGGCCACGGAGAGAUUGCACAGUUGCUGAGAGCAAAGACUCGUAGGAUCAUAGCAGCAGACUAG